AUGCCCACUUCGUUCUUCCCGUACCUCUCUCUGGGAGUCGGUUUUGUAUUUCUCAUAGGUGACAAGAACCCAGAUGUCAAACAUCGUGAUGUCCGGUCCUUGUUCAGCAUACUUGAGGGCAGCCAGUCUUCAUCUAAGAACAUUCAAGUCCCAGAUCAAGCUGACUCCUCCUUAGUAGAGUCAAAAUUGUUCUGCCAAGGUCCCUGCCAGGAUGGAUGGUUUAGUAACAUGGGCCUGUGUUACAAGUUUGUCCAGGAGCAAAAUACAUGGGCCGGUGCUGAGAGUGUUUGCCAGAGGAUAGCAGGGGGAGGUCACCUCACCAGCAUCUCCAGUGCAGCUCAGAAUGAUUUCCUUGUGAACCUCGCCAGUUAUGAAGACAAAAGGACAACCCAGUUCUGGACAGGAGGAAGUUACCAAAAGGGUACUUCUCUGAGAUGGACUGAUGGAUCACUGCCGAAUUUCAUCCAGAGGCCUCUGAGCUCGAUUUUCAAUGCCAUCAGUGGAGUAUUUAACAGUAUCUUCAACGUACAAAUCUGCCUGACCCUAAAUUUAGGAGUCCAGGGUAUAUGGGAUGGCUGUGACUGCAACAAGAAGUUAUCAUUCAUCUGCAGUUACAAACCCAAUUUGACUCCGCCUUAGCCUGCAACAGGAAGUCGAUGCUGCUGAUGAAAUCUGACCACUUUUACUGCACUCAGAAUGUCGUUCAGCCACAAUUAAUGCGUGAUUCUUUCAUAUGUUAAAUCAAGAUGUCGGUUUUAAAAGGCCCAGAAUGUUAAUGCAUAUGGUAUAGAUAGAAUAGAAAACAGUAGAAGAAAUUAAAAAGUGACUCGCUUGUAGACUGCAUUUAGUACACUGGAAAAAGGGUGCUAUACAAAUAAUUUCUGAUUUGAUCUGAAUGCUUGAUGAAAUUAGUGCGCGAUUGGGCUUUUCCACAGGGGUUUCCAGAAUAUUCAUGAGAGCUCUUUAAUUAUUAAAUAAUUACAAAUCAUUACAACAUUACUCAUUUCACCAUUUAAUCACACCACUUCAGACAUUUUAAAUCCUGGAAAUUCUCCUUUCUUAAUGUCAGAUAAAUCCAAGAAAAGUCAGCUGAAUGUUUUCAGUUUUUAAGUAGUUAAAUGGCUAGUUCAUUGAACUGUAAUAUAACCAUAAAAAGAAGUACAAAUCAUAUGGAACAGUCAUGUGUAUAGCAUUAUACAGAGAGAUGAUACAGAGCUUUGUUAACUGCAUGGGAUGGCAUUUUGUUAAGUGAAGCAAAACUUG